AAUGACUGCGCGCAGACUUGUUAAUUCUCUGCACAUAAAAGGCGCGCACGUGGCUCCAUCCCUGCUUCAAGACAGGGAAUCCAACAACCUUCAUCCGGAGGACACGAGCUACCGCCGGUAGAUGUGUGGACGAGACAUCAGAAACAAUGGAGCUGAAGCCUUUAUUAAAAAAGCUGGGCUCAAUAGUCCGUGCCAUCUUCACCUUCCUCUUUGCACUGCUGGUUCUGGGUCUCAUGGUGUGGGCCUAUGUUGCGGGUUUCCAGCUGGUGACGUCCACGUUUGGAAUCAUCUCCUUCGGCUUUUAUGGACUUCUGCUCUCACUGCAUGUGCUGGUUCAGAGCCUCUUUGCCUUUAUUGAGCACCGGCGAAUGAAAGCCCGCACAGAACCAUGCACUUUUACCAAAACUAUUGGCUUCACUAUAUCUGCUUACCAAGAGGACCCCAGCUAUCUAAGAGAGUGCCUCAACUCUGUCAAGGCGCUCAAGUACCCACCUGAGCUGAUGCGCAUCAUUAUGGUGAUAGAUGGGAACUCAGACGACGAUCGCUACAUGAUGGACAUGUUCACGGAGGUUUUUGCUGAUGAGGACCCUGGCUUUUAUGUGUGGAAGAACAAUUACCAUACAUGGGAUCCCCUCCAGGUCCAGCACGAUGUAGAAAUGCCAACAGUAAUGGACCCGGAAGAUGCCAACGAUUAUGUAGCGGGAGAGGACCAACAGCGAAAAGAAGUGGAGCGCUUAAUCCAGACCAAGAGGUGUGUGUGCAUCAUGCAGAAGUGGGGAGGCAAGCGGGAGGUGAUGUACACAGCGUUUAAAGCACUUGGCUCAGCAGUCGACUAUAUACAGGUGUGUGAUUCAGACACAAAGCUGGACUCUUUAGCCACAGUGGAGCUGUGUAAGGUGUUGGAGAGUAACCCCAAGUACGGUGCUGUGGGAGGGGAUGUGAUGAUCCUCAACCUCAAAGAAUCUUACAUCAGCUUCAUGAGCAGUCUCAGAUACUGGAUGGCGUUCAACAUCGAGAGGGCCUGCCAGUCCUUCUUCAACUGUGUGUCCUGCAUAAGUGGUCCUCUGGGUCUGUACAGAAAUGACAUCCUUCAGCAGUUUUUGGAGUCUUGGUACAAUCAGAAGUUUUUGGGAACUCACUGCACAUUUGGUGAUGACAGGCAUCUCACAAACCGUAUGCUGAGUAUGGGCUACGCCACGAAAUACACAGCACGCUCCAAAUGUUACACAGAAACACCCGCUCAGUUUCUUCGCUGGCUCAACCAGCAAACCCGCUGGACAAAAUCGUACUUCCGCGAAUGGCUCUACAAUGCAAUGUGGUGGCACAAACACCAUCUCUGGAUGACCUACGAGUCCAUCGUUUCAGGUAUUUUCCCUUUCUUUGUCACCGCCACCAUUAUUCAGCUGUUCUGGACUGGCACGCUGUGGGACAUCCUCUGGAUUUUGUGCUGCAUCCAGAUCAUCGGACUAGUGAAAGCCGGUUACGCCUGUCUCCUGCGCCAGAGUGCUACGAUGGUGUUUAUGUCGCUGUAUUCUGCUCUGUACAUGACCAGCUUGCUGCCUGCGAAGUACUUCGCCAUCCUCACAAUGAAUAAAAGCAGCUGGGGGACGUCAGGCAGGCGCAAGAUUGUUGGUAACUACAUCCCACUCCUACCUCUGUCAGUGUGGGUCGGUAUUUUAUUAGGUGGUCUUGGUUACACAAUCUACAAGGAGAGCAAAAUGAACUGGACUUCUGCAGCCAAGAUAAUGGAAACUAAGUUUCUUAUUUUUGGCAGCGUGGCGUACCUGUGCUACUGGCUAAUUAUGGUACUGCUCUACUGGGUGUUCUUCCGCAAGGUGUGCAGAAAGCGAGCCGAAAAAUACAAACUGCGUGUGUAUGUUUGAGGAGGGAAUAUUAUUUAUUUGAAUUCAAUCUUAUUUAAGCAGUUUUAUUUAUUUUGUCUCCCCAAUUUAACAAAAAAAAAGGAAUGUUUGUUUUGAAAAACUCCCAAAAGUGGGUCCAACAUAAAAGGACAAAUGAUUUUUUUCAUAUGGAUGUAUUGUUGCACUUUUGUUGAAACUGUAAAGAAGCUUUUUGGAUACAUUUUUGCUUCUCAAACUUCUCUUCACUGAACAAUGAGGAAGAAGGCCUUUUAUGAGAUAUUUAUUUAAGAUAUGUAAGGAUGUAAACAUUUCUGUUCUGAUUUGUUUUUAGUAUUGAUUAAAGUGAGGUUAUUUAAAAAAAAAAACAACAAUGUGUGUAUUUUGAAAACACUGUUCAUGUAUGCAUGUGACAAUAUGACUGAUGUUGCAAAGAAAUCCAUUCCAAGGAAAUGCCAGUGCGUCAGUUUGGUUGACCUUAUUGCACCACUUUUGCUGCUAUUACACUGCCAGACUGCACCUCUGCAACUUUGCAGACUUACUUGAAAAUGCAGAAAACUCCAGUGGAGUAUAUUACUCUAACGAGCAGAGAACGACACUGUACAUCUCUGAACAAAGCAUGGUGUCAUGUAAAGAAACAUCAAGCAACGGGGACAGUUUGAUAAGACAUUGGUUUUACAUUUACUGUAUAUGUGUGAAAUGUGAAAGCACAAUUUGUUAAAUGUUUCAUAAAAAAAAAAAAGAGUCAAAGACCUGUUGGUGGUGGCUGUGGUUCAGGUGGUUGACUUGUUCAUCUUUUAAUUUAAAGAUCAAUACACAUUUUGAAAAGAAAUAUUUACAACAUGGAUCAUGUUAAAAGGCAGUAUACACGUGUGAACCUUUUUUAUGUGUAUUUUCUAAGCA